AUGGCGGCGAUUGUACCGGCUGGCGGUGAUUCUGGAGGUGCUGGCUUUGUGCUGGGCGGUGUAUGAGGGAUCAGGUCGGCAAGUUUGACUGGCGGCAGCAGUUAUGUGGGACGGCUUCAGGUUCGAUCAGGUGCUGAAUCCGGACAGAGGAGCACAAGAAAAGAAAACUCAUCGCAGCCCACAGAGAGAAGAAUGAUCAUCGUCGCCCUGAACUCCAGGAAACGGAGGACAUCCUGUGGCGUCACAUCGAUAAGGACACCGCUGAAGGCGCUGUUGAUGCUCUGCUGAUGUACGGUCAAGAUGCCAUCACACUAUCCGGUGGCCGGGUGCUCAGAUCCUGUGAGCCAACAUUGGCGGGCUGAACUGGGUUCCCGUUCAGUGGCCGGCAGUUUUCAGGCUGUGGGGUUCGCCGGCACCCAGGAAGUGGCGCGUUAUGUGGCGGUACUGAAGAAUUCUGUCGUGUCCCUCCAUUACCUGUCCAAUGGGCACCAAAAAUGGUCUGAAGUUCUCCCGGACAGUGGAACGGUCCAGUACCAGCUGCUUCACUCCUCCUACAAAGGUCUGCUCCAUGUGGUGGGGAUCGUCCCAGGUGAUCACAUCCGGAUCCUGACCUUCAGUGUGGAGGACGGAUCCCUCACAAAGCAGGUCGAUGUUCUCACCCCGUGGCUUCACACCCUACGUGGAUCCUGCGGGGUGGUCGCAGACAGCGUCCUGAUCUGUGCUGACACCGCAGCCACCUCGCUGCACACACUCCCUCUAGUGACUGCCGAGGAGACUACACAACAUCGUCUGCAGUCCCUGGGAGUGGAAGUGGCCGAUGACAUCACAGAGCUCGGUGUAACUACAGCCCCUGUCAGUGUGCCCGGCCCGACGCUGGCCCAAUUCUUCCUGCAGAUCUCUCCUCGCCGGUUCCUGCUGAUGCAAUACCGAGAUGGCGCCCUGACACCACUGCGUGACUUCUCUCAUGUAUCUCUGGCAACCUUUGCUUCGACGGCGGAUAAAUAAAGCGGUGGCAGCAGUGAUGCAGUGCAAGACAGAUGUGAAAACCCCCCCGGAGUCCGAGGCCACUGCUGGGCUCAGCUGCUCGGAGGAGGCGGCGUCCUGUCCCGGGCAGACGUUUAGCAUCAGUUUGUACAUGGCGGACAGCGGGCGGAGACUUUUGGACACCACCAUGACGUUCACAUUGGAGCAGAGCUGCGUGAGACCAGACGCUUUCCAUCUACAGCUGUUCCUGAAGAAAGACGACUCGGUGGGCUAUCGGGCGCUCGUGCAGACCGAGGACAACCAGCUGACGUUCCUGCACCAGCCAGGAAAGAUCUUGUGGCUGAGAGAAGAGUCUCUGGCAGACGCUGUCACGAUGGAAAUGGUGGAUUUACCUCUCACGGGGGCUCAGGCUGAACUAGAGGGGGAGUUUGGCAAGAAAGCCGAUGGGCUCCUGGGGAUGGUGCUGAAGCGUCUCUCCUCGCAGUUGAUCUUGCUGCAUUCUUGGAGCGCCCACCUGUGGAAGAUGUUCUGUGACGCCAGAAAGCCACGUAGCCAGAUCCGCAGCGAGGUCAACAUUGACACGCUAGCCAGGGAUGAGUUCAACCUGCAGAAGAUGAUGGUCAUGGUCACCUCCUCGGGCAAGAUCUUUGGUAUUGAAAGCGGCUCAGGCAGCAUCUUGUGGAAGUUCUACCUCCCCGGCGUUCGUCCAGGAGCCUCCUUUAAGCUGCUUGUGCAGAGGACAACGGCCCACUUCCCUUACCCCCCUCAGUGCACCCUGCUGGUGAAGGACAAGGAGACGGAGAUGACCUCCCUUUACGUCUUCAACCCAAUAUUUGGGAAACUAAGCCAGAUGGCUCCUCCUCCUCUGCAGCGCCCCAUUCUCCAGUCGUUGCUCCUCCCAGUUAUGGACCAUGACUAUGCCAAAGUGCUACUUUUAUUGGAUGACCAGCACAAGGUCAUUCCUUUCCCAGCCACAAAGUACGUCCUGCAGCAGUUACAGGAGCUGUCCUCCACCAUCUUCUUCUUCCUGGUAGACGGGGACAGAGGGAAGCUGACUGGGCUGCGUCUGCACAAGGAUCUGAGCACAGAGGAGAUGUGGGAGCUUGUACUGCCUCCAGAACUGCAGAGGAUCACCACUGUGAAGGGAAAACGUUCCAAUGAGCACGUCCACUCGCAGGGGAGAGUCAUGGGGGACCGAAGCGUCCUGUACAAGUACUUGAACCCCAAUUUGUUGGCAAUGGUGACGGAAAGCGCAGAUACUCACCCUGACCGCUGCUUCAUAGGAAUCUAUCUCAUUGAUGGCGUUACCGGACGCAUCAUUCACUCCUCCGUGCAGAGGAAAGCCAGAGGCCCCCGUUAACAUUGUCCACUCUGAGAACUGGUGGUGUACCAGUACUGGAACAGCAAAGCGCGCCGGAACGAGCUGACCGUCUUGGAACUCUACGAAGGAACCGAGCAGUACAACAGCACCAACUUCAGCUCCCUGGAUCGGCCGCACCUCCCGCACGUCCUGCAGCAGUCCUACAUCUUCCCCUCUGCCAUACGGGCAUGGAGGCGACCAUCACCGAGCGCGGCAUUACCAGUCGCCAUAUCCUCAUUGGACUCCCAUCUGGAGCGAUCUUUUCCCUUCCCAAGGCCUUACUGGACCCCCGCCGGCCUGAGAUCCCUACAGAAUACACAAGAGAAGAGAAUUUAAUCCCGUACACGCCCGACAUUCAGAUUCACGCUGAGCGCUUCAUCAAUUACAACCAGACCGUGUCCCGGAUGAAAGGAGUCUACACGGCCCCAUCGGGCCUGGAGUCCACAUGCCUGGUUGUGGCCUACGGACUGGACAUCUACCAGACUCGUGUCUACCCCUCCAAGCAGUUUGACGUGCUGAAGGACGACUACGACUACAUCCUCAUCAGGCGUUCUCAUCGGCCUCGUCUUUGCCACCAUGAUCACCAAAAGACUGGCUCAGGUCAAACUUCUCAACCGCGCUUGGCGAUGA